AUGGACGAUAUGAAACCAAUGCCCGAGCCUUUCACAAAGGCUACACGCUCACUUGGCCCUUACAUCAAGCAAAGACACGAGGUUGCACAGAUACGCCGGAUAUUAGCUUCCCAUCUCAGUUCUCACGUGAGUCAGGACGGAGAUCAUUCUUUGUCUCGACCUAUAUCAUUAGUAGAUACGACCUGCAAUGUGGAUAUAGCACCCCAUGGCGUGAGAGGGCUUCAGAAGGAGUACCUGCGGUGUGUACGAGCCAACGUCAAGGCACAGAGGGACUACGCCGAGAUCAGUAAACAGCAUCGGCUUGGACGCGACGAUGAAUAUGUCAAAGGGCUGAAGGAGACCUCUACCGAUGAUGUAUCGUGUAUGGAAUCUUUCCUCAAGCUUGUGAGCCAACGGCAAAAGUAUGAGCGACUGCGUAUUGUUCAGGACUAUAUGGAUGCCCUCGCUCAAAAACCUGCGGCUUCAGCCGAACAUCUAGAUCCACAACUGGUCCUUCAGGAUGUUGAAACUCUGCCCAAAGUGCCUUCAGAAGUGCUGAACAGCGCUGAUACAACCCAGGGAUUAUCAGGAGUCAACAUAGAAGAACUUGUUGACCAGCUUGCGAAAUCCGUUCUCCGCGCCAAAAUGCUUCUGAAGAGAGAGCAGAUCCUGCUUGGUAGAGUCAAAGCUGAGAAUUCGUUAGCGCCUGGCUGUCGUGGAAGCCGUCUCGAAGCAGUAGGAAUGACUCGGUCAGCGUUGAUCAAUUGGAUCGAAGCCGAGUUAUCAAGGGCCGGAGACAGCAGUCCUGAAUCUGAAAUUGCAACUUCGACUAGCCCGGACAAGAGAGGAAAGCAAUUCAUCGAUUCCGAACUCUCGUCGAUUCAUAGACAGUAUUCACGAUACACCAAGGCAAGACAGUCCUUGAUCAAUGCUGCAACAGGACGACUGGACGCGACAAAUAUUACAAAGAGCUUAGACGAGCAGGAGGAAUCUCCCAAGGCGAAAGAGGAGACUUACGCACCCAGUGGUAUCGAAGUCACAUAUCCCUACCUUGAAAAUAUGGUCUCUGUUCUGAAUGAGCAAAAGGCAAUGAUCCAGCAAAAGUCACAUCUCUGUAUCAGCCUCUCGAAACAACUGAAAGAAGCCAACCAAGGUCUAGAUCGCCUCGCCGAUGAGAGUCACCUGUUGCCAGCACAUCCCAUGCCAUCAAUCAAGAAACAGCGCCAUGGCUUAGAGGGACCCAUCUCUUUUGGGGACGAGAUUUCAAAUCACGAAAAGCCGGACUCGUCCCUGCGAGCUCGUGAAUGGGCACACGCAGCUCAAUCGGCUGGUCACAGUACAAAAAUUGUUGUAUCGGAAAAGUUGGAUGAAGGCGGCGUGGCUCUCGAAGAGGCUGGCCAGACAUUAUUAGAGUUAAAACGUCUUCUUGGGGCCGACAUUGUAGUCGGGGAGAGGUUUGGCAAGGGGAUAGGUGAACUAGGAGCCACCGAGAAAUCAAAAGAUAUAUGGGCCGUUCUGGAUGGGAACUUGGGUGUCAUCAAAGCGGAUGGUUCCGAUUAA